AUUUGCAUGUCUUGCCCCCGUGUAUUGGUAUGCGUAUCAAAAGCAUCCGCAGCUGUGUCAACCAGAUCACAAGCUUUUCGGAACAUCUGUAUAUAUGCACAUUGAUUGUAAAGGGAACGGGAGUACGACCGUGUCUGAGACUCAUCGACUACCGGGGCCAGAGCUGCGUUCAACGGGGCAAGUCUUCACCAAUAACUGCCUCUAUCAUCGUAAAAGAUCAACUCCCUCAUCAGGAGAAGUCCUCGCACUUUCAGGGAAGAGACUUAAGGGAGACUCCCACCUGUCCUAAAGAGAUAUUCAAGACAACAUCCCUCGACGGAUCAGAGCGUCGAAGGCCUGGUACUCUCUGCGGGGUCACAAGAGCACAUCGCCCCGAUCGAGUUCCAGUAAUUAGGGGACGAGGUUGUUUUUGCCAGGGGAAGAUGACGACCACGAUAGCCACGAUUUUCCCUUUGAGUACACUAGGCACCAAUAAUGAUUCAGUCGGGAACGAAACCUUUUACCAGCAACCGGCUGAUCUUAAACCACCACAUCAUGCGUUGCUUAUGCCAAUACUUUUUGGCAUUCUGAUGGUAGUCGGCAUCGUUGGUAACACCUUAGUGAUCUUCGUCAUCUUAAAGAUGCGACAAUUCAAGACGGUCACUAACUACUACGUCGUCAACCUCGCCGUUGCCGACAUUCUGUUUCUCUGUAUCUGUGCGCCCUCAACGGCUGCUCAAUACGGAUCGCCUUCGUUUCUCGGUGGUCGAUUCAUGUGUAAAAUGGUCUACUACAUGCAGUCGGUCUCAGCUCAGGUGACCUGUCUAUUCCUAGUAGCGAUGAGUAUUGACCGAUUCCAAGCCAUAGUCAGACCACUCAAGUCAUUAAAGACCCGCACCCUCCACAAUGCAGCCACAAUUAGCAUCGUCAUAUGGCUUUUUGCAGUCACAGUCUACAUACCCUUGUUGGUCUUCUUUGACACAGUGGAUAUUCCAUACAACGGCGGAAUAAUACUGCUCUGUAAAGAGUUCUGGUCUAAGACAUGGAGUGAGCUGUUCUCCAUUUGGAUCUUCCUCUUUACCUACACACUCCCCCUUGUUGUCAUCUCCAUCUGCUAUAGUAUGAUGAUACUGAACUUAUGGCAGCGCGUCGUGCCGACAGACGCCCUCAGCGGCCCCGCAAACGACAGGAACCUCAGACAGAAACGCAAGAUAACAUGGAUGGUUCUGACAGUCGUGAUUGUGUUUGCCGUGUGCUGGCUUCCUGUACAUGUUAUACAGAUCUGGAUGGAAUUUGAUGUGAAUUUUCCGUACACCAUGGCAACGCUGGAUUUCAAAGCGGCUGGGCAUGCCCUUAUCUACAUUAACUCCUGCGCUAACCCCUUCAUAUACACCUUCCUUGGGGAGAACUUCCAGAAGAACUUUAAGAAAACUUUCCACUGCUGCUUUAAGAAGGUACGGCCGACACGAGAGGGCGCUGGUCAUGUAGCCAACACCGGCACGCAGCAGGGAUCGUCCAGUGAACAGGCAGGGACGAGACGAAAGACAGGAGGCGGACGUACUCAAAUGAGCACAUUGACGUCAUCGAAUGUUGAAGCUAAAGGAAUAGAGCAGAUCGAUAAUAACCACUGCUGAGAGACCAAAUCUUAUCAAUACACCCAAACAACUGUCUCACCAUUUUGUAUUACCAUUACACAUGGGAGACAAGGUCCCACCCAACCACACGAGGUCCGACUUAAGGGUACCAUGGAGGUAGAAAUGGAGGUCUAUUUCUACCUCCAGGGUGGGACGACGUUUUUGAAUAAUGAGACCUACUCCUUUAACACAGCACCAUGUGAUGGUCUACAAGGUGUUACGGCGCAAUAUGCUGCCAAUCAAGUACACUGGGUUAACUUACAUGCGUUACACAACACACGGGACCAACGG